GUUGCCAGGCAAUCAUUCUCCAGGUAGGGACGCAGCUGAUGGAUCAGCCAAAGCUGAAGGAAAGCGCUCCUCGCCACCGCUGGAGAUACAGCCAUAUUCCUUUUUCUUGCUGUGUGUGCCUGAGAAGGUGUGGCCACCGCUGGUCAGAUAUCAUGAUAAGCCAUGGCAAACCAAGCCUAAAGCAUACAUGUUCGAGGAUAGGUUAGACAUGCACAUGGUAGGCAUGUCAUGAGCAGAGCCGGCUGGAGCCAGGGUUCAGACUAGAUGUCCUGGGAGGCCCAUUCUGACUUGCUCAGUUUCUGUGUUUCUCUGUGCUGAUUUUCAUCAUUAGAGCUGUUUGUAUACAUUGUACGUAAAAUAGAUUAUGCUAAACAAAUCUAAUGGCAAUAACUAUAACACAUGCAAUAUAGCAUUAACUCAUUUGGAGCUUAUUUAAAACAUAGUCUUAUUUAAAUAUGUUAAAGACAUCCCAGUCUCUGUCUCCUGUGGACCUAACAUCUACCCUCCAAGCCGCAAUGGGCAUCAGCUACCAAUGACCUGGUAACCCACUGUCCCUGUUUUCUGUCUUUUGAGGCUGCCUUAAAAUUCUGAAUGUGGCUGGACUGUUUAGCUAUGUUGUCCUUACAUUGUGUUAUGUACUAGCAAGUUGCCUUGACUUAAUGACGAUCUAUGCAGAUGAUACUGUAUUACUGGCAGGAAGCAACAAUGAAUUGAAUUGGUUCCUGAGUAAAGUGCAAAAAGAAAAUGCAAAAGCACGACUGUGCUAAACAUUUAAGAAAAUAGAAAUCAUGGGUACAGAAGAAUUACACAAUGAAGAAUUUAAUGUCACCAAGGAUGAAGUGGAGUUUGUGAAAGAUUUUGCAUACCUGGUCUCGAUCAUCAAUGCAAAUAGAACCUGUAGCCAAGAAAUUAGAAGAAGACUGAAACAGGGAAGGGCAUCAAUAAAGGAACUAGGUAGGAUUCUCAACUAUAAUGGCAUUUCACUGGAGACCAAUAUCAUGUGCACAAUUGUAGUACCAUUCACUAUACCUAAGUGUAAAAGCUGGACAGUGAAGAAAGCUGACAGGAAGAAAAUUGAUGCAUUUGAAACAUUGUGCUGGAGGAAAGCUUUGCAAAUAACCUGGACUGACAGAUUAACAAGUAGGUCCUAGAUUACAUCAAGACAGAAAUUUACGUGGAGGAAAAAUUGCAAACCAGAGGCUGUUGUACUUCAGGCACAUCAUGAGAAGGUGAGACUCACUCGAUAAGACAAUAUUCUAGAGCAAGUUGAAGACAGAAGAAGAAAGGGAAGACCAAAUAUGAGAUGGACUGAUUCCAUAAAGGAACCCACAACCUUGAGUUUGCAAGAGCUGAGCAAGGCUUUGAAGGACAGGACAUUUUGGAUGGCUUUCAUGCAUAGUGUCAACUUGAUGGCACAUAACAACAACAUGAAUACUACUGAUUAGCAUUGCACAAGAUGAAGAGGAAGACAAAGAGGGUAUUUCCAGCAUUACAAGAUUAGCAAAUGACAUAAUUCCAAAAAAAAAAAAAACCCAUGCACAUUUUAUGAGAAAGCCACAUGUGCUGCAGAUGUUCAGAAUGAGACAAUGGAUUUCCAUCUGCAAGUAACUAAGCAUGACUGAAGCUGGUAACUGUUAAUGCCAUGGGGCUUUGCAUCUGUCCCAUACAUGGGCUAAUUGCUUUUUGCUUCUGAAAAUGUCCGUGAUGAGCAGCCAUUUCCAAGGAGCAGUUUUGAGCUGCAGAAAUGCCUUUGUUGUGUUCUGAAGUGUAGGAGAACUCAUGUUGUUUGGAGUAAGACCCUGAAGCAGAAAAUGCCUGAGAGGAGAUGGUAACUAUGUAUGUGUAAAUAAUAUGUAUUUGAAGAAAUGUCUGUAAAUUGGACUGAUACUGGGCAAGCUUCACAAUGAUCUACUUCUUGAUUUGCCUUUGCUGUUCUUAAUUAGAUAAAGCACAUCUGUCAAAAAAAGUCUGCUUAUAAAAAUUAAUAGAAGCUCAGUCUAGAAAUCCUACACUGAUCUUUGCAGCCAUAACCCCCAAAAAGUAUUUAGAUAGGAACUGUCAGGUCCUUCUGCUUACCUAGUCCUCUAUUGCCUUCUGUAGCCUAGAGGUGAUGGGUAUAGCUCAGCCUAACUGGAGGGUACCAAGUUGGAGAAGGCUGAGGGUAGCAGCUCUCCAUGGCCCAGACGAGGAAGAAUUUUUCCCAUGAUCUUCUACUAGAACUUUUCAGUGAGAAGCUAAGAACGAAACCUGAGAUAUUCCACAUGCAGAACAAGUGCAAAAACUGGCAUUUAUAGAAACUGGUACCUCUGUAUUUAGCAGCUAUAUCUUAUUGUUUUUUACUCUAGGUUCAGGCAUUCUUAAAAACUGUAUCAGGACCCCAUGUCUACUCCACAUUAAAAACGAAAGCAAACUUUGCACUGCUGGAUGUGAAUUGGACGUCUGUUUUGGCCUCCUUCAGAUGUGCUUCCCUGGUGGGUGUGCGUGGGAACGGAGUUCUUUUGCUGCUUCAGAGCUCUUGCUGCUUCCUGUGGGAGUUGACCUGCACUUAGGCGGCUUUCAAACUGUCUCCAGGUUCCCUCUCUCCAACAUGGCAUCCUCCAUUAGUCCAGCCAUGGUCAGUGUUGUCUGGAGAUGCCGGCGGUGUAGUCCACUGCUUCUGGUGGGCACAGAUUGAACAUUUAGAAGCUGUGGCCUCUGGAGAUUCCCUGCAUGUUUAUGCAUCCUUUAGUUUAUUGUUACAAAUAUGGCCUGUGAGACCUUGACUUUUUAUAUCAUUUUGUUUGAGAGUAACACGGUUGCACCACAGCAGGAUUAUGCGGAGGCUUCCCGCCCCCUCCUCCCUCUGCUCUGGUGUAGUCGGCUAGGCAGGCUCCUGUCUAUUUUUAUCCUGUAUUACCAGUGGCCAGAGGAAGACCGUUCCUUUCCUUGUGUAACUGGCAAAGUGCAAACAGCUGGCUGGAGCUCAAAGGCAGCCUUUACUUUAUUAGGGAAAAAAGAAACAUGUUUUAGAGUGGAUUGUAGCAGCCUCCUUCAGGGGCAGGUGAUAGCAGCUGUGAGACGCUCAGGCUCCUGACAGGUCCGAGUGUCUGUGAAGAGGUGACUUUUAAUAGCAGGGAAUGGAGGAAACAUGUCCGGGGAGCUUCCUCUGAAUGGAAGAGAAGACCUCCUUGCUUCAUUUCAAGUUGCCAGUUGAUCCUGCUGCGUUUUCAAAAGUGAGUCCGGAAGCUUGGAGCAUGGGAUAAAAAGGGGCAGGGCAAGAAGUGAACACCAGCAAGGGAUUGCCACCCUGGUUUCUUCGGGUCUUUAAGAGUUAAAGAAUGGACUUGGACAGUGAUGGGAUGGAUGACAGCAUCACUGAAAUAUCCACAUUGGAUAUGGAGGGGAAUUAUAAAAAGGCUCAGAAAAAUGAGAGGGAGUCUAUCAGGCAAAAACUGGCACUGGGAAGUUUCUUUGAUGAUGGCCCAGGAAUUUACACCAGCUGUAGUAAAAGUGGCAAGCCAAGCCUUUCUUCUCGGUUACAAAGUGGGAUGAAUUUGCAAAUUUGUUUUGUAAAUGACAGUGGCAGUGACAAAGAUAGCGAUGCUGAUGACAGCAAGACCGAAACCAGUCUGGAUACACCUUUAUCCCCCAUGAGCAAGCAGAGUUCUUCCUAUUCUGACAGAGACACUACUGAAGAAGAAUCCGAGUCUCUUGAUGACAUGGAUUUUCUCACAAGGCAGAAGAAACUUCAAGCUGAAGCCAAAAUGGCCUUGGCAAUGGCAAAACCAAUGGCCAAAAUGCAAGUAGAAGUAGAAAAGCAAAACAGGAAAAAAUCACCAGUAGCUGAUCUUCUGCCGCAUAUGCCUCAUAUAAGUGAAUGCUUGAUGAAAAGAAGCUUAAAACCCACAGACCUGAGAGAUAUGACAAUUGGGCAGCUACAAGUGAUAGUCAAUGAUCUACAUUCACAGAUAGAAAGCUUGAAUGAAGAAUUGGUGCAGCUGCUGCUUAUUCGAGACGAAUUGCACACAGAACAGGAUGCUAUGCUGGUAGACAUUGAAGACUUGACCAGACAUGCUGAAAGUCAGCAGAAGCACAUGGCAGAGAAAAUGCCAGCAAAGUAAAGUGAGAAGCCAUCUGAGUAAAGAAGGAGUUCGAACUGUUUGCUUCUGUGGUUGUACAAACGCUGAUGCUCCGUGGGCGGUGCACAAGAAAAUCAGUGUUAGUCAUUGAUUACAGGGGCAAUCUGCCAAGCACCGGGAACCCUGCACGAAUCCCCCCCUUGAAAUGAAUGGUGGAUGCACAGCAACAGUGCUUGGUGAAUUGCUCCUGGUGCCCGAAGCUUUAUGUCCAGUGAUUGGCCUAGGCUUUUUUAUUUAUUUGCUGUUGUUGGGUUUUUUUACUUGUGCCACUAAAUAUUGGACAGUUCAAUAACCUUAUCGUAGAACAAAAUGUACAGUACUUAUAAACAUUGCAAACAUGAAAGAAGAAGAGAAAGGGUAGUAUAACUUUUAUUUUUUGUUUAUUUUAGACUUAAGUUGAACAGUAUUUUACCAUUGACUACUUUUUAUUGUUUCACCGUAGUUUUAAACAAAUGAGACUGUAAUUUGACGGUGCUAUACAAGUAAAAGAGAAACAUACAUGCCUGCCUCGUAGUGAAGUUGUAGCUUUCAGUAAUAUGUAUAUUUUAAUCAGUUUUCAACAUUUUGUGAAUGUUGACUACCUGACUUUCAUUUUUAGAUGUGCUAUUAACAUGCAGUUUGGUUGAAAGAGUUACCUUGAAAGUUUUAUGUAUAAAUAUGUAAAAUAAAAAUUAAAAGUUUCUUUCA